AGAACAAAUUGAGUGGGAGAUGGGGAGAGAAAGGAGAGGAGAGAGCCUCCCACGAGAGGUUGGGGCCCCGCACUGACCGCGGUGUUGUAUCGUUACAGGGAAGGCGAUGUCCAUGCGGAGCCCGCUCGUGUACAUACCGGUGCUGUGCCCCUUCUGUGGCAAGAAAAUCAGUAACAAGUACAAUCUCAAGACCCACGUGCGUAACAUGCACCCGGACACCUUGGAGGCGCUCACACAGAUGGAGGAUAUUUAGAUGAUGAUGAUGGUGAUGGUGGUGAUGAUGUGAUGUUGAUGGCGCCCCGAGGGAAGCAUUGUAUGCGUGAGAGUAGGGGGAGACAUGCUAAGGGAAGGAGAUAGAGAGGGAGGGAGAGAAGGAGGAUGGCGACCCGCUCUUGAAACGUUUUAGGACUGGACGUCUGAGGAGCUUGGAGCAUGCAGGCGGGAGUGCUUCUGGAUCUUCCUCUUUAUCACCUGACAUGACCCGUAGCUGUAGUACUUAAUGACUUGUUUUAGACGUCAAAAUGUGAUUGACGAGAACCCAAGUUGGUUUUUAUCACUUUAUUUGUGUAUCUAUUUUGAGAAGAUUUGAAGAGUAGUCUAAGUAGUUAGCCCUGGCGUGUGUCCUGCCCGUGUGUAAUGUCCUUGCCGUAGUGGGUGUCCAGGGAGCCAGGGAUCAUGAUGGUGGCCGCUUACGGCGUGUUGUCUUUGUUGCAGGGGCGCGGGCGUGGGUGGUGGGCGGGGGAGGGUCGGUGUCGUGCCCGGUGUGCGGGAAGCGGCUCAGCAACAAGUACAACCUGCGGAUCCACGUGCGGGACAAGCACGAGACACACGAGGGAUCCCGCCCCACCUGCGCCACCUGCCGCAGGACCUUCAAGAACGCCAACAGCCUGCGGGUGCACGCCAUCAAGCAGCACGGCCUGGUCAGCACGCGGCGGCGCCUCAGGGCCCUAUACCACAACUCUCUGGGCGGCGUGGCGCCCACCUCCGCGCCCGCAAGCGCGCCCGGUCCUACGCUCUCCCCCUCCAUCGGCCACACGCCUACCGCCACCCCUGCUCCCGCCCUCAGGCAGCAGCACUACAUCGAGUCGUAUCAGCGACCUGUGACGAGCAGCGCCCCGGCUGGCCACGUGCUCUCGGGCAUAAGUGAUGGUGGCGGCAGGGGCAUGAGCGUGGCCAUGGACGAUGGCUUGGACGUUGGCGCGGGUGGGGUUAUGGGCGGCGAGGGCGGGCUCGUGUGCGACGACGACGUGCUGAACACCUACGCGACACCCCUGCCUCACGUGGGCGCGACGCAGGGCCACCACGUGCUCCUGGAGGAGCCGAGCCCCCGUCUCACCUCGCCGGCGUUCCGAGAGGCGCGGCCGCAGCCGCUGCUGCAGCCACACAACACUCACGCCGGCGACCAGGGCCCCUGAGGCACCGCGGCGGCAGGGCGGGUCCGGGGAGGGGGGAGGGUAGGAGGUAGGGCGCGGGGUAGUGCACUGGUGACACCUGCGACGUGACAGUAUUUUGUAACGUGUUGUCUAGAUUGUUUUUUUUUUCUCUCACUCUUCCGUCACUUGACCUGGCGGAAGGCGCAAAGGUCACGGUUUUUGUACUGUAAACGCUCACUUUGUAUUUUAAUAUAACAUGUAAUGAGUCCUUUCUGUUCGGCUUCAUAGAUUUGUGAAUUUAGAUUACACAGGCUUCUACGUUGUGUGGCGUAUACCUAAGGUCUAAGCGUAAAUUUUCGUGAUAUGUACCAGAUUUUUGUAUUAAAAAUCGUGUAUGAAU